AUGAACGGACUGCCAUCACCUGCGUUCGAGGAGAAGAAACCGAGCCUCCGCGCAUCCCCGGGUCAGGCGGAGACUUCACCCGCGGACAUGGGCUUCUACGGCGCUCCCCACAGCUCGCAGGAUUUUUACGCGGCGCAGCAAACUUAUUCGACUCAACACAUGAGCCCUUACGCGUACACUCACUACAACUUGAACGGUAUGGUCCCAGGUGGUGCCUUCCCAUGUGGAAAAACUGAGCACACGUACCCGUACUCCGCGUACAGAGAGCCUGGCUUCAGCAGAGAGACGCAGUCAAGUGUCCCAGACAGUGUGAAAGAAGAACCCGAGAUUGAGGUUCGGAUGGUAAACGGGAAACCCAAGAAAAUUCGGAAGCCCCGGACAAUUUACUCCAGCUACCAGCUAGCCGUCCUGCAGAGGAGAUUCCAGUCCGCCCAGUACUUGGCCCUACCGGAGAGGGCAGAGUUGGCUGCACAGUUGGGCUUGACACAGACGCAGGUUAAGAUUUGGUUCCAAAACCGUCGCUCCAAAUUCAAGAAACUCUACAAGAACGGAGAGUUUCCACUUGGGGACAUUGCACUGGAGCAUAGCCCAGAGGCGAGCGAUUCAAUGGCUUGCAACUCGCCUUCAUCUCCAGCUGCAUGGGAAAACAACAACAAUAACAGCAGCAGUAGCAGCAGCAACAACACCCCUGCUACCAUCAGCAGCAGCGAUACAAACAGUAGCAACAGCCUCAAGAAUAAUACAAUGCUGGACCCUACCAGCAGGGGGCAAGAAUCAUAUCAGCCCACGGUGGACAACUCCUCCGUCUACAUGGAUGAGUAUGGGCACCAGAAUUGGUACCAGCAGCAGGACGCGCAUUUAGGUUUGCAGGCUGCCGGCAAUCCCCAUCACCCGCCGUCAUCUGCACCGACGGCUCCUAUUGGAGCGGUUUACUGA